AUAAAAAAUAAUCUGCUAUAAGGAAGUUUCUGACUUCUCUCUGAAUUUGAUUGUUUGACAUUUUUCUCAUAAAAUCAAGAAUUAAACAAAAAUAAAUCUCGUGAAAUAAAGUUAUUUGGUUUCUCAAAAAUGGUAUAUUGUUAGAAAUUGACACCAUUGGAAGUUUAAAUAUUAAAUAACAGGAUGACUCACGCAAAUAGAAAACGUGGCCGCAACGCAGAAGAGGAAAAUUCCAGCGAGUUCAUGCCAUUGAGUAAAAGGAUCAAUAAUCUACACAUAAAUAAUUUCUCACGUUUGCCAGAAACGGCAUCUGAAAAAAUGAACUCACAAUGGGAAGAGCAUAAUUUAAUAGCAUCAUCAAAUCAUUCAGAGCCAUCAAGAAGUCCCUCGAGCGAUGGUUACAGUUCCAGUCAAAGCUAUACAUCAGAAUAUAGUCCUGAUUUAAAUCCCAGUCAAAAUCCUUAUUACUACGAAACCAACAAACUUUUAUAUGAUCUUUACGUGGAACGAAUGCAAAGGAUUAAUACACUUUACUGAUAUUUCGGUUUGUAACAUCAUAUCAUCAUAUGUAAAAUGAGCAAAAAAAACAUGUAAUUCUAUCAGUUUGAAUUACAAAUAUUAUUUAAAGAAUAUUUGACUCGUUAAUCAAGAGUCAAAGAAAAAAAAAAUUAGAUAAAUUGUCAGUUUAAGAAUUCUUGUGCUUAUACAUAUAUUUUUGUAAUGAUUAAACUUUAUUAGUUAGAUUUAUAAAAAAAAAAUGUCACUAAGAGACUGCUAAAAGUAAUAAUAUUACUGACAGAGAUAUUUCUCUUUUUAGAACACAUUAAAUUACAUGUGCACUUUAGAUAUAAUUUUUCAGUUCCCAAGAUAAAUUAAUGAUAUUGUUAACUUGUCAAUUAUUGUCAUUAUAAAUUAUUUUUUCUAAGUGUCAAUGAGAAAAUUUUGAAAACAGUAUAAACAGAGUUUAUUGUGGUUCUGUAACUAAUUUAAUUGUAAAGAAAAUUUUUGUCUGUGUACUUCUAAGUAAGAUACUAAUGUAAUUAGAAAAUAUGUAAAUGAAAUUAAUUUAAAUUAAAUAGACAAAAUACAUUACUGCA